UUAAAUAAUAAAAUCAAGCAGUUAUUAGAAUGGAAUAUGAGACGAUCGAUUAUUCGUAUGAAUGGCGAAAAGUUUAAAACUUACAUCAAAAGUGGACCUCGAAAUUAUUCCGUCAUCGUCAUGUUGACGGCGUUAGCUCCUCAACGUCAAUGCUCCAUUUGCAGGUUGGUCGCAAACGAUGAAUAUAAGGUUGUCGCUGACUCAUGGAGAACGUCGCAAAUGUAUUCUUCUAAACUUUUCUUUGCUGUAGUAGAUUUUGAUGAGGGCCAGGAUGUAUUCGCUACGCUCAAGUUACAAUCUGCCCCUACCUUUAUCCAUUUUCCUCCUCGAGGCGGUCGAAAGAAAGCAGAUACGUUUGAUAUACAAAGGCAUGGAAUAUCUGCUGAAGGCAUGGCUAAAUGGAUAGGUGAAAGAACUGACAUCCAUAUCCACGUCUUUAGGCCACCAAACUAUGCCGGUACAUUAGCUCUCGGUUUUCUUCUCACACUCAUUGGCAGCUUGCUGUACAUGAGGCGAAAGAAUUUAGAAUUUUUGUACAACAAAUCUUACUGGGCUAUGGCAGCACUGUUUAUCGUAUACUGUAUGACAUCGGGACAAAUGUGGAAUCAUAUACGUGGACCACCCUACGCUCCGCGCAACCCUCAAACCGGAGAAAUUUCCUAUUUCCAUGGUGGUAGUCAGGGCCAGUUUAUCGUUGAAACUCAUAUUGUUGCGAUUUUAUAUGUAAUAUUUUUUUUUGGCGUUUUGAUACUGAACGAGAAAGUGCCGACAACAGACGACUCACGCAAGAAACAACUGUUUGCUAUGGCUGGUCUGGGCAUCGUGAUAUUUUUCUUUAGUUUACUGCUAUCUAUAUUCCGAUCAAAAUAUCACGGAUAUCCAUACAGGUGUGUGAUUAAACUAGUUUUUCUCUACUCUGUUCGUGUACGGGUAGAAGAAAGAUUCUCAUUAGAUUUAUCAUUAUUUUUUAGCUUGCUUAUCAGAUGA